UGGUUCUCCUUGUCGAAAAAAGGAUUGGUCGUGUCAGUGCGUGAUAAUUAAUUUUAAUUUAUCAAUUAGUAAAGUUGUGAUUUGUGUUGUAUACGUCAUUGGAUUAUCACAUCUCAUUAAAAUCAGUAAGUUUGGUAGGAUGGAUGCUUCAUAUCAAGGCGGCGUGACCUACGAAGACAGGGGCGAGAGCUUCCAGCAGUUGUCGUCGACGAUAGCCAGUAAUAUAAAGAAAAUAUCACAAAAUGUGUCCUCAAUGUCAAAGAUGGUCAACCAGCUGCAGACUCCUCAAGACUCCCAGGAGCUGCGCAAUCAACUGCGUCAGAUCCAGAAUUACACCCAAAAGAUGGCCAAAGACACGUCCUCGAUGAUCAUGGACCUGAUGAAGAUGCCGGUGGAGCAACCAGCGGGCAAGCUGACCAGGGAGCGGCUCAGCGACGAGUACAUGGCCACACUCAACGCCUUCCAGGCGACACAAAAAUCAGCCGCCGCGAAGACGAAAGAGGAUGUGCGAAAAGUGAAGGCCCAGAGCGCCACUAUCAACAUCGGGGAUCCGUUUGGCAUGUCCGGGCGCAGCAACGACCUGGUGGAGAUGGACGACAAGAACACGCGCCGGCAGGAGCAGAUGACGAUGCAGACCGACCAGGACCUGCAACAGCUGGAGGAGCGCGAGCGGGACAUCAGGCAGCUUGAGGUGCGCUUAUAUAGUGUAGACUCCAGCAUACUGUAUCCAGGGCGCAGCAACCACCUGGUGGAGAUGGACGACAAGAACACGCGCCGGCAGGAGCAGAUGACGAUGCAGACCGAGCAGGACCUGCAACAGCUGGAGGAGCGCGAGCGGGACAUCAGGCAGCUUGAGAGUGACAUUCUAGACGUGAACCAAAUAUUCAAGGAACUGGGCACCAUGAUCCACGACCAAGGCCAAGUUGUGGACUCCAUCGAGUCCAGCGUCGAAUACACCGCUCACAACGUCGAGGCCGCCACGGCGGAGCUCCGACAGGCCUCCAACUACAAGAAUAAGCUGCGAAAGAAGAAAGUAUAUAUCGCAAUUAUCCUCAUAGUGAUCGUCUCAAUUAUUCUAAUAAUUGUAUUUAACCGUUAACGUCCUUUUAAUAACCCAAUAUUGUUAAUGAUUUAAAUAGGAAGAUUAUAUUAUCGUGGUAAUAUUCUUUAAAAACGCAUUCUCUAUUUCAAAAGAGCAUUGUCUACGAUCAUGCAGCAUCUGUUUUAGUUAAUGCUAGCUGUGUUGGGAUAAGUUCAAAAUAGGGGUAAGACGAAAAAAAUCUCCGUAAUUCCGAAUCACGUGGAAUAUUUUUAAUGCCGGCAACAUUGUUCCAACUGCAAUUUAGUUGUGCCCCGUCGCACAUUGGUCAAUCCCGUAGUCUAAUAAAACAUGGUCUUCUCUUCCCAGAGUGACACAACACAAGCCUACGUCACAAUAACAUGGCCGCUAUAUAUAGCGCUAUCGCAUAUUAUCAUAUAGCGCUGCAGCACGAUGACGUAGGCUUGUGUCAGUCAGGUGACCUAGAAAAGACAGGAAGAGAGUACCAGGCGGAGUAUAUUAUUAUACCAUGGUCAAUCCCCACUUGACGGUGGUAUUGUCGUCAUCUACUCGACGAUUUUCAAUGUUAUCCCAAUGUUAUCCUGUAACUUCUAUCAGUAAAAUAUACAAAAGUUAAAACCGUAUAUUAACGUAUUAUGUUUUAAUUUGCUUAGAUUUAUUACAUCUAGAUAAGGCUGUUUAUCCUUAUGCCUUACGAUUUACAACGCAUUUCAAUUAUUACCCAGCAAAACUUCAUGGGGUAAGAUGAACUAAGUGCUUUUUUGGGGUUCCGUACCCAAAGGGUAAAACGGGACCCUAUUACUAUGACUCUGCUGUCCGUCCGUCCGUCCGUCCGUCCGUCUGUCACCAGGCUGAAUCUGACGAACCGUGAUAGCUAGACAGUUGAAAUUUUCACAGAUGAUGUAUUUCUGUUGCCGCUAUAACAACAAAUACUAAAAACAGAAUAAAAUAAAUAUUUUUAAGUGGGGCUCCCAUACAACAAACGUGAUUUUUGACCGAAGUUAAGGAACGUCGGGCGGGGUCAGUACUUGGAUGGGUGCCCGUUUUUUGCCUUUUUUUACAUUAUGGUACGGAACCCUUCGUGCGCGAGUCCGACUCGCACUUGCCCGGUUUUUUUAUUUAUAUCAAAAACACUGCAUAUACUACUACUAAUUUAUUUAUUUUACUGUAAUGUAAAAAAACAACAGUAACCGUAGCUACGGUUGCUUAGAAUUCUACUACUUUUAACUCUUUGACGCCACGCCUACCUAGCCUAUCCUAUGUAACCUAGUUUGAAUGAUAUUGGGGUGUAGCCGCACGCGUCUUUAACGGUCAAGGGGUUACAAUGUUAUUAUUAUUUUACAGCUAUGUCGUGGAUCUCCUUGAGUAUUUUAUUGUUAAGAUGGCUGCGAUAGAAUCGCAUUAAGCAUUCCGGAUAAAUAUCCUAAGUGUUUUGUAUUUUAUAAAAAGUGCCCUUUUGAGCUUACAAUAAGAUCCCUUUUUCUACACGACAUACAUGAUUAUAAUAUUGCGGUAAUUGUUGUAAAAUAGGUAAUGAUAUAUUAUUGAGUUUAAAUCAUUAACAAUACAAAAAUAGAAGCAAAUAUAUGCUCUUUGUAUAACGUACUAAAUACAGUGAAACCUGGUUAAGUGGGACCUGGAUAAGUGAGAAACCUCUAUAGCUGGGACUCAUGGUGCGGUCCCGACACUUUAGCACUGAAUUACCUCUGUUACUGAGAAAAAACGAACCUCUAUAACUGGGAUUCGUUAUUGUGAUUUUAUAGUCACAUUUACCUCUAUAACUGAGACAGAGAGUGUAUUUUACCUCUUUUACUGAGACUAUAUUUAUAAGAUUACAUUUUCCUAAUUGUUUUUUGGAAUUUUAUAGGGAAUUGACUUCUGUAUCUGAGAUAACGUCAAUCUAUGACCUCUCUAACUUGGACUUCAUUGAACAAUUUCCGUAUUCUUACUAACUCUUAGUCAAUCCACAAAUUCCGCAUUUGCCUAAUUGUGUCUAAACAACUUCAAGUUUGAUUUAGUUAAUUUAUGUAAGUAGUUAAAACUAUCGAAACGAAAGCUGAAAUUUUGAUAAGUAACACGAAAAAAUAAAUUUUCAUUUAUUAAAUUUCUAAUACGCAUUGAAAUUCAAAUUUAAUUUAAUUUUGAAAUAUCUAUCCUUUGGAGAAUCAUUCAAAAUUAAUUCAAAGAAAUAUUUAAACAGACUAAAAAAAUAUUUAGGGACAAGGAUUAUUUUACCUUAUUUAUUUUUAAACAUAAUUACUAAAUACCCUAUUAACCACCUCUAUAACUGAAAUAUACUCUAUUCUCACCUCUAUUAAUGGAACCCUCUGUAAAUGAGACAGAAAUUUAUUUGUACCUGGCUAACUGGGAGCCUGGGUAAGUGGAAAACCUCUUUAAGUGAGACAAAUUUGCUCGCCCCUUGAGAUCUCACUUAUCCAGGUUUCACUGUACUACAGUACAUGUAAAAAAAACUUACAAUGAUUUUAUUUGCGAGCCUUUUAUUUUUACGCAUAGAUUAAUAAAGGUCAGUAAAUUAGAGUUUUAAGUUAAUAAGCACUUACCGUGUAAUUUGCCACUAAAACAGACCAGAGGCAAUAAUCAGAUAUAUGUACUUCAUAUUAAAUAAUAGCGUACGAUCAUAUGUGACGUCCUACGGGUAAAGGUACCUUAUGGCGGUUGGCGCUUACGCUAUUAUUAACGCUACUCCAAUAUUAUUGCGGCACUAUGCGACGUAUGUAAGCGCCAGCCGCCAUAAGGUACCUUUUGCCGUGGAAAGUCACAUAUAAAUCUGCCCAAUGUCCUUUAGAAUAGACAAAGAGACUGGCAGCAGACUUCAACAAGUCUUGGAUUCAUUAUGAAUUCGCAUAUCGUAUCGCAAUAUGAUGUUAGAUUAUAGAGCUUUAAAUAUACGAAAUGUGUCAAAUAUGAAUACAUACAACAAGUGCGUUAUAAGUGUGUGCAUCAGUAAUAUUAAUUAUUUUCAUAUUUAUAUUGUUAAAUGUCUUUUACGAUUUGUAAAAUCAGGAAAAUUAUGUAACUUAAAUAUAUGUUUACAAUUUAUUACUUUAUUAAAAAUAUGUUAAGAACUGUUAUGCUGUUAUUUCGAAAUUGUAUUAUAAUUACGUGUCAUACAUAUAUUUCAUAUUAUUUUAAGAAAUAAAAUCAUCUGACCUACCAUGUUUUCUGUACUAAAAAAUUUACGGUCAAAUAUUGAUAAUAGUUAACACGCAGGCAAUAAAAUACAAUUAGUAUAUAAGAUCGCCUUUUCGUCGACUGCUCUGUAUAUCUCCAUACAUCUUACAUCGACAAUAGUAUGGUAAUAAAGCUUGGAUAUGUUAUAAAAUGAUGUAAAAAUAACUUAGUUUGUAUAUGCGUCAUUGUAUUAUAGUUUGCGUUGAUAUUUUAUUUUAAUUUGGUCCUAAAUUACAUUUAUGGACUAAAGGUGUCUGUAUUAAUUAUUUAGUUUAAUAUAUGUUAAUCACAUAUUAAUUUGUAAGGUAUAUUGUACUACUACGAUGGGACAAUGUCAAAAUGUAAAGCUAAGAAACGGCCCAUUCUAAUUCGCUUCGGUAGACUUUUAAAGUAAUCUAUUGAAUGUGGUGUCAAUCCCCGCUAUCUGCAAGACCUUCAAUCAUUAAAACUACAUUAAGUAAGUAAUACUUGUUGCGGUAAUGAUCGCUAAAGACGCGAGUAUAGAAUUUGUACCAAUGGUGUUUCUAUUUUUGCAUGGAUUUGACGAUUUGCACGGAUGUAGUAGACUACGCGACAGUUCCAGGUUCGCGCACUGUGUGACAAACAGGGACGACUUUUAAAACCUCUGGAAUUAGAUGGUGCGAGAACUCGCAUGCGAGUUUCAUUACAUUGCGUUAUUUGAUCGGUCGACUGAAUUGAUGUAACCUCAAUGGUCCGCAAUGUAACUAAAAUCGUAUGCGAGUUCGCGAGCCGUCUAAUUGAGCCAAAGCAGCGAAACACUUAAACGUUCUAAAGUAAGGACGAUAAGAACGAAAAAUUUCGCAAGCGGCAAUAAAGCAAUAUAAUUUUAGUUAUGCUUGUGCGAUAGAGAUAGGAAAUGGCGUGUCAAUGUACGAAAUUAUUUGUGCUUAGCGUCCUUACUCUUGUGGCAUCGCAUAUUCGCGCUUAUAAUAGUAAGUUUAGAAAAACGUUUACAUGAACUAAAACACAAAUUUCAAAAUUGAGACAUUUCUUCAUAUAACAUUACGUCCUGACUGGGUGACCUAGUUAUUUUGUAUCGUUUGUACUCAAUUAAGUAGGGAUUUAGAAUAUAUCACCAUUUAAUUUUUAGCCUUUUUUUAAUAUUCUGAAGUGUGAUACGCAGUGGGUUAGAAAAUGAGGAAAGGGCAAAGUUGUCAGUUUUAACGGUACUUAUUCUACUACUAGUUCUAAAAUAUAGUAAUAACUGCCGAAUGUACUUCACUAAGUACCUAUUAAUACCUUUUAUCGUAUUAUUUUCAGCAUUUUUCUAACCAAUACAUUAAAUGUGACGUCCCACGGGUAAAUGUACCUUAUGGCGGUUGGCGCUUACGCUAUUAUUAACGCCACUCCAAUAUUAUUGCGGCGCUAUGCGACGUAAGCGCCAACCGCCAUAAGGUACCAUUUGCCGUGGAAAGUCACAAAAAUUACAUUAAUUAUUAUAAAUAUGGUUUUCCUUUCGGUCUAAGGUAUAUAGAAACUCUUUAACAUCUUAAGGAAUAAAGGUAAUAUUACCUAUAUACUUGAUUUUCCCUUCGGUCUAAAGUAUAUAGGUACUAUAUUUAUUAUUAUGUACACUCGGCAGUAAGAAUAUCAGCUGCUUAAUAAAAACGAAGACAACUUCAGGACUGUUAAAACGGGCAAUGAAAUAGCUUGAGAAGUCAGUCUGGGUACUUGUACAUUUUUAAUUCAUAAUUAGUACAUGUACCCAGUUUUACGAGAGGUUGAGCUAAUAAAUUAUACUUUAUUUUCACUUCUUAAGAUUAUUAUUUGGAACUGUAUUGUACUGAUUUAUAGAAAUUGAAUUGAAGUAGUUGGCCAUGUUUUGUUUAUGUCAUCUACUUAAAUAUAUGCAUAUACGUCGAAUACUGA